UUAAAUUGUCUGGUUAAUGCCAAAGGGGAUCCUGAUGCGUCUACUCAACAGGUUCUCCGGCGACUCCGAUGGCCGGAAACGAGUCGGAAGCGAGCCUCUACCAGGUUCUACUCGACCGGUGCCUGAAUCUUGAGGAGAAUCAAGCGAAACUCAGGGAGGAUGUGGAUCGGCUGUUGCAGAAGCGGCGGAGGAGGUUCGACGGCGAAGAUGAGGAUUCGAAGGCGUCCUGGACGGGACCUGAUUCAGGAUUCUACUUCGCGGUUAGUCCGUACAGGACCCUGUUGGAUUCACUUGGUCACGCGGUUUACGUUUACUCUGCUUCUUCUGGGGAAAUUACAUAUUGGAGUCGUACUGCAGAGAGUCUGUAUCACUGGGAUGCCGAGGAAAUUGUUGGCCAGAGAAUGGUUGAUGUGCUUGUAGCUGAAGAAUACCGCACUUCUCUAAGGAAUGUCAUGAAAAAAGUUUGCUCUGGGCAAACGUGGUGUGGUCAGUUUCCUUUUCAGAGGAGAUCAGGCGAACAAUUCAUGACACUGGUGGCUAAGGGCCCUAUGUACGAGGACGGUGAGCUUGUUGGCAUUGUUACGCUUUCAAGUGAUGCAGCACUGUUUAACAGGAUGCACCCACCAGAUGAAAGAAAAUCUCAACAUAAUGGUAGAGAGCGAGGAUCAAACGUGGAAAAGAUUCAGUGGCACUUGCCAAGGCCUCAGAUUGCGGAUAUCCCACAGAUUACCUUAUCUGUUUCAAACCUGGCUUCAAAGCUUCUAUCGCAGAGACAUGGAGAUGAUUCCUCCAAUGCGAGAAUGAAUUCAGUGGGCAGAGCCGAAGUUGGUACAGAGGUUACUUCUUCAAAGUUUGAGAACUCUGCUUCACUGGCAGAUAAGUUUCUGGGAAAACUGCAAAGCAAGAUUGUAGGCAACCAUGGAAAUGAAAAUGAUACGAGUGUCUUGCAAAAUGGUAUGAACAAGAAACUCAGUGGCACCACAGUGAUCGAUAAGAGUGUCUUUCCGCAAGCCCCUAAGGCUUCUAAUGCAGAUACCUGCUCAAAUUUGCGAGAAAAUGUCACAAAUUUUAGAGACAACAGUGAAGACAAGCCCAAUAGAGCUGAAAGUGGAAUCUCAGAUGUUUAUGGGAAAGGAACUAGGGGGGUGAUUAAGGAAAGACCCAUGGCAACAUCUGCGGGAGAAUGCAAUCAGUAUUCUGGGCGAAUAAAUCAAAGAGAGUCACCUGGUGAAUCAGAGAGUUAUAUGAUUUCAGAUGUGAUAGGAGCAAAAAUAUCAACAUUGAAGGGGGAUAUGGAAGAUGAUUUGAUUAUUCGGCCAAAUGGUGAUGCCUGCCUUGGUCCAGUAGGCCUCAUCAGUAGCCGACAAAAUCCAUCAAUGGAAGCGAAUAAUGAGUUAAACGCUGUUUCAUCAUGUGAGAUACGAUGGGAAGACCUACAACUCAGGGAAGAGGUUGGCCAAGGUUCAUUUGCUGUCGUCUAUCGUGGAAUCUGGAAUGGAUCGGAUGUUGCUGUCAAGGUUUACUUUGGUGGUGAUUACAAGGUGGGGACUUGGCUGGACUGCAAAAAUGAGAUCAACAUUAUGAAGAAACUGAGACAUCCAAAUGUGCUUCUGUUUAUGGGAGCUGUAUACUCGCAAGAAAGAUUCGCCAUAGUCACGGAGUUUAUGCCAAGGGGGAGCCUUUUCAAAAUACUUCACAAUGCUAAUCAACCAUUGGACAUGAAACGACGUCUAAGAAUGGCCCUCGACGUUGCUAGGGGAAUGAAUUACUUACACCGUAGAAAUCCCCCGAUCGUACAUAGAGACUUGAAAUCUUCUAAUCUCCUUGUUGACAGAAACUGGAAUGUCAAGGUUGGAGACUUUGGGCUGUCAAAGUGGAAGAAUGCAACAUUUUUAAGCACCAAAUCCGGAAAAGGAACGCCUCAGUGGAUGGCCCCAGAAGUUCUCCGAAAUGAACCUUCAAAUGAGAAAUCAGAUGUGUUCAGCUUUGGAGUCAUCUUAUGGGAGCUAAUGACGGUUUCGGUACCAUGGGAUCACCUAAACUCUUUACAGAUCGUUGGAGUGGUAGGAUUCAUGGAUCGACGACUAGACGUUCCCGAAGGACUCAAUCCACGGAUUGCCUCCAUCAUUCGUGACUGUUGGCACAACGAUCCAGCCAACCGGCCGUCCUUCGAGGAUAUCAUCCGGAGGAUGACAAACCUGUUCCGCAAACCGGGUUCUGGUUCGGGUUCAGGUAAGAUUUUGCAGGAAGAUGACGACUGAGAAGCUAAUGUCAGUACGGUCGUUGCAAAGGCAAGGCUGAGAAUAGUCAAUACAAGAUUUAGUUUAAUUUUUCAGAGUUGAAACCGUUGUGAGGAAUGAAAGAGGGGGGGG